GCUGGAAGCGCGGAGCCUGGUGGCAAUGGCAGUGCGGGCGGCACGGGCGCUGCCGGCUCGACGGAGCUUUUCGGCCUGGUCAGGAGCCUCGAGAGGGUGCUCGCGGCCAGCAAGUCUUGGCUGGGGGCGGGCGGCAGCGCACAGGGGCCUGCCGCCGUGCGGCAGCCCGCCGCCGAGGAGCCCGCGGACGAGGAGUCCGAGCGCGUGGCCCAGAUCGAGGAGCUGGAGGGCCAGAUCGCGCGCCGCAAGCAGCUCAAAUCGCCAAGCGCAAUCAGCGAGGUCCUGGACGACCAGCUGGCGGCCUUGCGCGCUGCGCGCAUGGAGGCCAAGGCGCCGCAGGCCCAGGCCAAGGUGGCGGGAAGCGCGAUGGCGCAGGCGGCGUUGGACGAGGCGAAGGUCGACCUGGACGCGCACGAGACCGACGUCGCGAACGCCGGCACCUCGGCGCUGGCGCUGCUGGCCGAGCUGCGCCUGGCGAUGGCGAAGGCUGCCCCAGAGGAGGCGGUCCCGCCAGCGCCGUUCAUCCCUGGAGCCGGGGUGCACAAGGAGGCGCUGGCAGAG